CGGCCCGCCCCGGCCGCGUUGAUGGGUGGGGGAGACUCUGCCAGGCGCCGGGGCAGGAAGGGAGGAGGUCGUCGUGCCAUUCUUAAAGGGGCCCCAAGGAAGGCGAGAGGCUGCUGACGGCCGGAAGGAAAAUGAGUGAGUCUUUGGUGGUUUGUGAUGUUGCCGAAGAUUUAGUGGAAAAGCUGAGAAAGUUUCGUUUUCGCAAAGAAACAAACAAUGCUGCCAUCAUAAUGAAGAUUGAUAAGGAUAAACGCCUGGUGGUACUGGAUGAAGAGCUUGAGGGUAUUUCACCGGAUGAACUUAAAGAUGAACUGCCUGAACGACAACCUCGCUUCAUUGUGUAUAGUUAUAAAUACCAACAUGAUGAUGGAAGAGUUUCAUAUCCUCUGUGCUUUAUUUUCUCCAGUCCUGUUGGAUGUAAGCCUGAACAACAGAUGAUGUAUGCUGGGAGUAAGAAUAAGUUAGUCCAAACAGCUGAACUAACCAAGCUCCCUCCAUCGGGGCACCUGGGUGGUGCAGUUGGUUAAACGUCCGACUCUUGAUCUCAGCUCAGAUCACGAUCUUGCAGUUGGUGAGUUUCAGCCCUGCAUCAGGCUCUGUGCUGAUGGCGCUGAUGGCAAGGAGCCUGCUUGGGUUCUGUCUGUCCUCUCUACCCCACCCCUGCUUGUGCUCUCCUGCUCUCUCUCUCUUUCAAAAUAAAUAAACUUAAAAAAAGAACCAAAAUAAUAACAACCAAAAAAAAUCUCCCUCCCUCAUCUGUCUUUCCUAGCCUCUACUUUCAUCAAGUCCAUUUCAGGCUGAGAACCCACUGUGGGGAUGGGGUGUGGUCUGUUCCUCGUUGUCCUGCUUUGCUCCCCCACUCCCUAGUUGUCUCUGGGCCCUCUGGGAUUAGUGGAGGGGUGCAACUUAAGGGAGCAAAAAAAGACUCAUUAACCUGGUACAAAUGUAAUCAGAGUUGGGGCCUUCUGGGGUGCGGCCAAUGUCAAAUACCAAUUCUGUUUCUCCAUUGAAUGCUUCUGUGAGCUCUUUGCCAAUUCCCAUUGAGGACUUUGGCUAGAAGUCCCUUGACAUGGGUCAUGUCUUCUAUGGCUAGUGGCUUUACCACUGUCCCUCCCAGGUCUUAGCUUCUGGUAGUCAACUCUGGCAUAGGCGCCCUGCUUCUCCAGAUAGACAUCUUGAGUUGUGUCCUUUUCAGCUCCCUUCCUCAGCCCACAAGAAACAUGCCUCUUUGCCUUGCUGCCAUCAGGGAGGGUACAGUUUGCUUCCUCUGUCAUCAGUGUCAGCUCUCACAUCUGGCCCCUGCAUGGUUCUCUGGUCUCAUUUUGUCCUAUUCUCCUAGCGCACUACACCCAAGCCAUACUGGGCCUAUUUUUAUUUGUCAAACACACCAUGCUCAGGCAUUCUCACUAGCUGUAGCUUCUUCCUGGGAAGAUUGCCCACUCUCCCUUCUCUGCACUCACCUCCUCCAUAUUCCUUUGACUGGCUUCUUUAUUCUGAACUGAGCUUAAAUGUUGCCUCUCACAGAGACUUUCCCUGAUCAUUCAUCCUAAGGUAGCGACACAGUCACCAUCAUAUCACAUCUGGUUUUUUUUCCUUUUUUUCUUUUCUUUUUUUUACAUCUGCUCUAAUUCUCUGCCUAGCACUUACCACCAUCUGAUAGUUUUCUAAUUUAUGUAACUGGUCUGAAUAGGGAAUCUUAAAAGUACUUGUGUAAAAAAAAAUUGGGAGGUGUUUUUCAAAAAUUGCUACCUCUGUUCCCCAUCAAACCUCUUUUUUUCCUCGGUUAAAAAGCUUCCUUGGUGAUCUAUUUCCAUCAUAUUUCAGGCUGAUUGUUAUAAGUCCCUCCUCUUUCUAUUACUAAGAUUCAGUUCAGAUUCAUUUUAAAAAUCCAAUCUUGUACUUGAAUGAAACCUCUUCUCUCCUUCAGCACACGCUGAAUUUGUGGCUUUGGGGAAGGUAGGAGGAAAUACUUGCCCUCAAGUCCUGUUCUCUUGUUCUGCCACUGGCACUUAUCCCCCUGGUGUGGGAGAGGGGAGGGAGAAGACGUUAGCUUCUGUGCCUGCUCCUGGUGAGAAGACUAGCCUCCUGGAUUGAUUUCCUUUUUGUGCAUGCACAUGUUGUUGGUAAAAGAAGGUUGUGGUUCUUUUGGAUGUCACUGCUUCUCUAUUUAACACUGAUUGGCCCUGAGUUCCAAGAAUAGGGCAAGCAUUCAAAUGCUGAUUCUUUCCUAGAAGUCAUCUUUUGCAUCUUUGGAUGGCUUUUUAGGGUUUCUUCAUGAUUACUCUUUCUAUAACUUCUGUUUUACUUGGAUUAAUAAUGAUCCCCCCCCCCCAUUUUCUUAGUUUUCAAUGUAGUUAUUGUUUUUUUCCUGAACACCUCUAACAGAUUAGUCAAAUGCCUAGCAAUUCUUUCAAAUGCUUCAACAAAUAAAACCUGUCAGUUCCAAAAGAUUUCAAGUAUGAAAGGAGAGUCGAAAUUACGUACAUUUAAGUAACUUGUAGUUAAAUAACUCUCAGUGGAAAAAAAAAAUCUAUCAGUUCCCCCCUUCCCUCCCCCCCUUCUUAGAGACCUCCUUCCCCACCUUCCAUCCUUCUUCUAAAAUCUGUAUUGGAUGCUCUAUAGGCAUGAGCAUUUUGUUCUGAAGCUUCUUAGCUGGAACCACUUGGUUGGGUCUCAUGUAUUCCCUACCUUAUUAACUCAUUUUGCUGAAGCUCAUGGUACAUGGGAGGAGAGUUUUCAUAUUUCAGAAAAUGUUUUUACUCCGUCAUCACAAUUGAUUGGUGGUUCAGCUGCUGUGACAGAUAUUCUCUGAUUGUCUCUCCGGAACCUGUCAGUCUCCACCCUUCACUCUGGUCUCUGUCCCCAGGAGGCCAACCUUUAGGAACUACAUCAGCUGGCUCCCUUGCCCUCAGGUUUCUGCUGGAGGUCAACCAAUCUCUAGGGAGGAUGGAAAGAGAAGACAGGUAUUUAUUCCCUCAAUCACAACAUUAGGGCCUCGGCAGGCUAUGGCCCUCCAUUGAAAGUCACUUACCUACUCAAGACAGUCUUCUCUUUCUGAAUCCUGGUAACCACUACCUUCCUUCCUUCCAUGGACUUCGGGAUGGGAACACAGAGUUUUUAAGACUGUGGUAUCUCUUCUCACUCUGUAGUUUUAGCCCUUUAUCAAAUCCUUCUCGAAUUAUCUAUCCCCUUUCCCGGGUUGAAAUUCUAGGGUGGAAAUUAUCUUCCCUCAAAAUUUUAAGGGCAUUGCUCCUCCACCUUCUAGUUGCAACAUGCUGUUAAGAAGUCUGAUGUCAGUCUGACUCCAAUUGUGUUUGUAAGUUAUGUUUUUCCUUUGGGAUCUUCUCCCUAGUUACGAUAUUGUGCAAUGUCUCCAUGAUGUGAUUCGGUGUGGAUUUGGUUUCAUUCAUUGUGGUAGAUAUUUGAUGGACUAUUUGAAUCUGGAGAUUCACAUUCUUCAAUUCAAAGAACAAUUUUUUCCCAUUAUUUAUUUGGUAGCCUCCAUAUUUUUGCUCCCUCCUAGCACUCUUACUGGUUUGGAUGGUGGACUACUUGCUCUGACUCUCUAAUUUUCUUAUCUUUUCUAUUAUUCAUCUCUUUAUAUUUUUUGUUCUUAUUCUGAGAGAUUUACCUCAACUUUCUCUUCCACCCCACCUGUUGGUUUAAAUUUUUCAGUUAUAUGUUUAAAAGCUAUACAAAUUUUAUUAGUAAGAUCUAACAGUUAAGUAAGGAAAACAAAACUUCUUCAGAGUCCUUAAAAUAUUUUAUAAACACUUUAUAUUUCAACAAAGGUCUUUUAUCUUGGAAUAGGCAGCUAACAGCAUCACUACAGUUAAAUAUUUUAUAAACACGUGAAAAAAAAUACUGCAGUUGAUCUUUGAAUAGCACGGGUUUUGGGGCGCCUGGGUGGCGCAGUCGGUUAAGCGUCCGACUUCAGCCAGGUCACGAUCUCGCGUUCCGUGAGUUCGAGCCCCGCGUCAGGCUCUGGGCUGGUGGCUCAGAGCCUGGAGCCUGUUUCCGAUUCUGUGGCUCCCUCUGUCUCUGCCCCUCCCCUGUUCAUGCUCUGUCUCUCUCUGUCCCAAAAAUAAAUAAACGUUGAAAAAAAAUUUUUUUAAAUGAAUAGCACGGGUUUAAACUGUAUGGGUCCAUUUAUAUGUGGGGUUUUUUUUAUACAGUACAGUAUUACAAAUGUAUUUUCUCUUAUGAUUUUCCAAUAUUUUCUCUUGUUUACUUUAUUGUAAGAAUACAGUGUAUAAUACACAUACAAUAUGUGUUAAUCAACUGUUGGUGUUAUUGGUAAGGUGUCUAGUCAACAGUAGGCUAUCAGUAGUUAAGUUUUUGGGGACUCAAAAGUUAUUCAUGUAUUUUCAACUAUGCGGUAGGUCAGUGUCCCUAACUUCCGUGUUUUUCAAGGGUCAAAUCAUCAGACUGUACACCUUAAUCUUACAUGUUAUAUGUCAAUAAUAUCUCAAUAAAACUAGAAAAAAACAUUUUAA